AUGCCGAACCCUGGAGAUCACCAUUCAGAUUCUAAAGGUGAAUCUCAAAAAUUCUACAACAAUUCUUUUUUAAAUUCCGGAAGCAGUUUAGACAACAACUUCGCUAAAGAAUGGCCAUAUGAAGAGGCCACGCUAAUUCAAGGACGAUUAACUCAGUGUUUAGGCCCAGAGUUUGUUUCUUAUCGUCCCGCUCCUGGUGGUAGCCAAGUUGCCUACAUUGAAGGCUGGAAGUUAAUAAAUCUCGCCAAUGAUAUAUUUGGUUUCAACGGAUGGUCUUCAGAAAUUCGAAAUAUAAAUGUUGAUUUUUGUGAUGAAAAAGACAAAAGAAUAUCUAUGGGCGUAACAGCAACAGUUCGGAUACAUUUACGAGAUGGAACGUUUCAUGAGGAUGUUGGCUUUGGUCAUAUUGACAAUGCUAGAACAAAAUCUAUGGCAUUUUAUAAAACUAAAAAAGAGGCCACUACUGAUGGAAUGAAACGUGCAUUACGAAAAUAUGGAAACUCUUUAGGAAAUUGUUUAUACGAUAACGUGUAUUGUAAACAAUUAAGAAAAAUCAGCUCAAAGCCUAACAUUAUCAACAAAGAAAAUCUUGUUCGAGAUUAUGAUUUUCGUUCUUCUUCUUUAGGACCUCAUGGACCAGUUACGCAAGGACCGUUAGCGCCACCAAAUAAAACAACUAAUCUUCCGUCUUCUAUUUCAUCUAAAGAAAACAGACCGAAUUCAUUUUCGCAAAAUUUAUCACGAUCUUCCUCUGUUAAUGUUAAUAAAACUAAUGAAAUUCAAGUCCAACAAUACGCCGAGGAUAAGGUUCAAAAAAAACGUUUAAUCAAACAAGAAGAUGCUGGAAGUCGCUUAGAACCUAGAUCCGCUACUGUUACCGCCACUACUAUGGAUGACAGGCCUGUACUGGGUCCCGAUUCUAUAUAUGCUCUCAUUGAUGAUGGCGAUUUUAAUGGUUGGGAUGAUGAUUUUUCUGAUGUUGAAAUUUUUGCUGCGGAUGAAAUUUCCGAGCACAAACAGACCAAAAAUUUGAGCAAAGAAGAGCUAAAUACAUCACAGACUUUUCAAAAUACUUCUGCUCAACAACUUUCAGCAAAGUCAUGUAAUUCUUCGUCAAAAUCAUCUACGCCAACGCCUUUAGAACUGAAAACACCAUCGCAGUCUACAAACAAUUCAUAUAUGCAUAUGGGAGAUUAUUUAAAUAAAAACAAUCAAGAUCAGCAACAACCAGAGACUCCUAACUCAGGAGACUUUGUAGGGUUUUUUAAAGCCUCAGUGGCCACCCUUAUCCAAGAAAAUUCUGAAGUUCCAACUGAUUCCCAUUUUGAUCCCUCAUAUAUAUCUCCGAAUAUGCGCCGAACUCUUCCACACAAUAAAUCAGUCCCUAUUCUUCGAAGCGAAGUGGCAAAUAUUGUUAAAGACAAUAGCAAUAAAUUUAGAAAUCACACUGGAACUGCAAAAAACUUACAGAACUUGAACUCCAGAGGAAAUACUGGCAGCCCUCAAAUACCAAAUGUUCAGAUAAACAAAUCAUCAAACAUGACAAAUUCCCAUACAGCUAUACCUCAAGAUCAAAUCUUAUCUGGGUCACCAUUAAAAUCAUUUGGCAGCCCUCGUACCAAUCAACGUCCCUUUGGUAAGCCUAAAAAUUCCCCUUAUAGCAAACCUGCUUUCAAUAACCCCAAUACUUCCUAUUGUCAAAAUCAAUCUGAAAGUAAUGGUGGUACAAAAAAUCACAACACGCACAUCAAUGGACAUAAACGACCUGUAGAUCAAAUAACACCGAGUAGUGGAGGAUCAAUCAAUAGUGUAAAUGUAAAUCCCAGCAAUCCAGAAAAUAUAUCUAAAAUUUUUAAAGAGGGUAAUACCCGUAGCUCCUCUCUAUCCGCUUCUGAACAAAAUCAGAAUGGAGAUAAGCGUCAACGAGUUUCGGGGUGA